AUGACGAAGAAGAGAGGAAAGAAAAAACAAAAGUCUUUACGACAAGAACAUCAAGGUGGAGAAAAGUCAUCAAAAGCAAUCCAUGACCUCCCUUUUGAUCUAAUGGUGGAGAUACUCUCGAGACUACCAGUGAAAACACUUUCGAGGUUCCGAUGUGUAUCGAAGCUAUGGUCAUCUAGUAUCGUUACCGAGUCGAUCAAAACUAGGUAUUUGACUCAUCCAAGCCAGCUCGUCAUUUUCUCCCAGCCGUUGCUAGAAUCUUCAAAUAUGUCCUCGUAUACUUAUCCUCUUAGCACAAACACAAGAUUCGUAGCCGCAGACAGAGGUACUUGUACACUAUUACCAUGCAGAAACUACUUAGUCUAUGGAUAUGUCCGAGGAUUAAUCUGUUAUCGCUCAAACUCUAAGAAGUUUGCGAUAUACAACCCUACCACGAGACAAAACGUUUUAUUGCCGCCUAUACGCGGAUACCAUGAUGGAUUCUCUUGGUAUGAUCCAGUUAAGAAAAAGUACAUGAUAGAUAGCAAGUACUAUCAUGGAUUCUUUGGUUAUGAUCCAGUUAAGGAUCAAUACAAAGUCUUGCGUUUUAUUGAAGGGCCAAGAAUUUGCGAUUAUUCUUGUAGGGUUAUGACAUUUAGAGGAGGUCUAAGUAAACAUGAAUGGAGAAAUGUUAAAAUCCAAGACGAUAUCUCUCCACCACGAAGUAAUGGUGUGUGCAUCAAUGGGGUCAUCUAUUACAUAGGAGGGACUUUGACAACUAGUGUAUGGGUACUAGGGAGGUUCGACGUUAGGUUUGAGAGAUUUGAUCAUAUUCAGAUGCCCCUAGCUGUGCAGAUGAAUCAGUUGGAGGAGUUGAGUUUGGUAAAUUACCAAGGGAAACUAGGAUGCACGUUUUAUAGCAAAGAUAGAGCAGAGGUGUGGAUUAUGAAAGAUCAUCUUAGCGAUAAACAAGAAUGGUCCAAGGUUACCCUUGACAUGUCUCUUCCUGAUAUGUUAAAGACACGUAUAGCUGGUGUCACUCUUAAUGGUGAGAUUGUGAUAAUGCCCAAGACACUGGAUUCUGAUCAAACGUUGUUAUACGCAUACUUUUACGACCCCAAGGAAAACAAGACUAGAAGAGAUGAAUUUGAAACCACGGCCUUUAAGGGGGAGCUAGGAGUUCCUAUCUUUAGCGAGCCGAAUCACAUGGAGAAUACUAUGUCCUUGUUCGGGAGCCAGUUUAACAAGAAAAAUAAGAAGAGGAAGAAGAAGAAGAAGAAGAAAUCAGCAACCACCGCUGUUUUCUCCUGUAAAAAAAUAUUAUUGUGUCCCAAGAACCUCUUUGUUAUAGCUUUUUUAUCUGCCGCUCUCUUUCUGGCAAUAACGUUUGUGUCUUCAUUUGACUCGUUUCACUUAUAG